GGUGCCCAGCGACAGGACAAGGAACAAUGGUCUUAGACGAAAACACAGAGAGUUUCACCUCAACACGAGGAAGAACAACUUCGCACUGAGGGUGGCAGAGCACAGGAACAGCUGCCCAGGCAGGGCAUUGGAAUCUCCCUCUCUGGUGACGUUCCAAACCCACCUGGACUCGUUCCUGUGUCACCUGCUCCAGUUCUGGAAUAUCCCCAGUGAGGGAGACUCCACACCUUCUCUGGGCAAUCCCCAUGCUCGGUCGCUGCACUAGAAAGAGUUUCUUCCACAUGUUCGGGUGGAAUUUCCUGGGCAUCAGUUUCUGCCCAUUGCCUCUUGUCCCAUUGCUGGGCACCCCCGAACAGAGCCUGGUCCAUCCUCUGACCCCUCCCUUGAAGGGAUUGGCAAAAAGCAGGUUUUAAUAUGGAUUUAUGAAAGUGUGACUUUAACGGAGUUCAGCAGCAAGGUUCACUCUAUUACUACAUAGAUGAAACAUACACAAGAAAAUAGGAUCAGAAUCCCUUUAGGAUGAUUUACAUGGAGACGGGAUACUGAAGGGUCAGGUGUGCAAAGGAUUUGGAUACAAAAGAUAGGGGUGCAAAAGGUGUUACCAACUUCAACAGCAGGAAGGUGAGGCCGUAAGAUCCAUGAUGCCUCCAUACAGGCUUGGGAUAUUAUCCCAGUUUAUAACUCCUUAUGGAUUUCAAAGAGUUAAGAGAGCAUUAAAGUUGGACACUGUCAAAAAAGAUAAUCCAUCUGAUGCAACACCUCAGAAGAUCAGAAACAAAAAUCUGAAUUCUUACUCCCCAACAACAGGAACACGCCAGAUGAGUCCCUUUUCAUCCCCUGUGAGCCACAAGGAACAAAAUCCCGGGAACCCCCCAGCAAAAGGAGGUGGGAGAGAGCAGAGCAAUUCCCACACUGGAUUAUCCAGGAGAGGGCAGCCUCCAACAGAGCAGGAUGGGUUCCUGAAACUGCAGUCCCAAGUGAGAAGUUCAUUGGCCAGAAUUCUGAAAAUAAGAGCAAAUCUCACGAGCCUCCAGGCUUUGGAGGGCAGCAGAGAGCUGGAAAAUAUCCUCGGUGUCUCAGACUCCUCUCGUGCCCUGAGUGCUGAAGUGCAGAAAACCCAAACACUGCUGAGUCAAGCAGAAGAGCUGCAGCUGUUGAAAGCAAACCAUAGAAAACUCCCUGCCCCAGGGUACAUCCAAACUGUUGGGAGCACCGAGUUCCUGAACUCACUCCUGGAACAAAGCAAGGAGCCCCUGGGCCUGCUCUCUGCCCUCCCCAGCACCCAGGCACUGGCCCAGAGACCAGGAAUGUAACCAGGAUACAGGCAUUAUGUGAAAAAUGCAUUCCACAUCACCCCAAACUUCUACAUCUGCUGGACUGGACUUAAAAGGAGCGAAGAACUGAGUGUAAACCAAUCUCCCCCCAGUCCCGGUGCGGGAGCGUCGCUGCCCAGGCAGGUGCAGUCACAUAACAUUCCUGGCGUCCAUUUAAACUGAACAAUGUGCACAACCACAUCAUCCCAAUGGAAAUAAUCCACCAUGCUGGGAGCUGGGGCUGCUGCUGCCGCCUGGGAAAUAAACUGUAGGUUCUGCAGGUUCUUUUCUAACACGGGGUGGGCUCUAAAGCCAGAGGAAGUUUUGCAGUGCAAGGAAUUAUUCCGUGUUUCAGCUGUUGAGAAACACUUUUCCUGUUGGUGCUGCCACACUUGGGGAUGUCAUCCACAACCAGCUUUCCUCUAAACUCAACCCAAGCCAAGGCCUCAGCUUCAAACCCAGCAUUAACAUACAUGCUCUGGGAACAUUUGCUUUUUAGGUCAACAUUUUAGUUUAGUUUUGGUAUUUAAUGAUGUAAGAGCAGAGUUGUUUUAUAUAAACUAGCUGCUUCUCUUUUUUCCACCCCUCCAACCUAGGGAAUCCCCAGUAUCCCAAAUCCUUUCAUUAGGUUGGAAGAGUGCAGUACAAUGAUCUAUACUUUCUUAAGUUCAACAUAAACACCCACUUGAAUGUCCUUUUUACUCCUGCAAAGUCCAGCUCCUGAAAUAAACUGAUUUUUAUGACUAAAACUCAGGCACUAAAAUGAUGAACAUGUUCCACACGCUCAAGCUUUGGGAGUUUUUAGUUAAUAAAAAUGUUUUUGCACCUCGCUACCUGUGCAGUCCAACUGGGAAAAACAUUAGUAACUGGUGGAAGGGAAUUGGGACAGUUUUUCUCCCUUCCACACCAGUCUGUCAGGCUCUCAGAGCUGUGGGUUGUUGUUCUGUGUGUAAGGGGCACCGGCCCGUUGCUCUGAACCAGCGAGAGUUUAUGUAACCUGACUGUAACCUCUGGAGCUGGAAAUUAAAUAAUUAUUGAUCUGAGAAGAGCCUGGAACUGACUGUGCUGGUCUAAAUCAAGCUGUUAUGGGCAGUCUUGGGAGAACAUAAAACUUGUACAGGAAAUACCAGUGAAGGUGGUGAUGGGCAAUGAGUUACAGCAUAACUUACACCAUGGCAAUUACUAAAUCUGGUAUUUAGUCAUUUUUUAGGGAAAUAAAGCUGUACAUGAAGACUGUGCUGCACAUGCCCCGCUCACAUGCCUCAGCUAUUUAGGCAGUUACUGUGGCUCUGACCUCCUGCUGUACCAGCUCUUGCCUCUGAAACAGCUGGGGCUGUUAAGAACCAUUUCCAGUUCCACACAAGGUGGAUCGGGUGACUCUCACUUUAUCACCCCCCGAGGCCACCUCAAGGACAAAGAAAAGGGAUACACUCAAAACUAAUGUUUGGCUAUGGGGGGAAGGACAGGCCUGGGCUCCUGCUGGACACACAGACCAGGCUCAUUAAACCCUGAACUGCUUCUGCUUCCCUCCACCUUCAUUUUCCUUGUCACCUUAGAGACCUCCAAGGCUGACAAACUUCAGGCAGCCUUUCCCCCAGCCCUGCUGGGGGGGAGCAUGGUGGGUUUGGGAUUUCACAGCCUCUGGAGACAAAGAUUCCUAUUUUUGUGUCCUGAUACGCAUCAAUGCCACCCGGCCUACACUUCCAAAAAGAAAGGCUGUGCUGUGAGUUGCAGUCACCCCCACAGAAAAUUCUGAAUACUUGUGAAAAUAUUGAAGUUUGUUGGUUUGUAAGAAUUUGCUGAACUGUGCUCACCCCCCAUAUCCUCAGUUACUACUCCAGAGCACCGUUUCCACUCUGUUGGAGCUGCCAGGAGCACAGUGUUGGCUCUGGGUACUUUUUCCACAACAAAUAAGGCUGGAAAAACUGCAUAAAUACACUCAGCUCGGAGCCACUCCAUUGACAGGGCUCAUAACUGACACAGUUGGAAGUUCCCAGAACAGCUGAUUCACACACUGACACUAAUGGCAGUGACAGGCUGGAAUGUGACAGCACAGCCAGGGCAGGGGGAAGCCUCUCAACAAGGAUGGGGGGGCUUAUUUUUAAUAUAUAUACAUACAUAGAUACAGAAGAAAAACAUAGACUGAUUUCUAAUUAAACCAUACAACCCUAAA